AUGUCAUCACGAAGACCAAUAUUAGAAGAAAUCGAUGACGAUGACAUCGAUAAUAUGGACAUGGGCAUUGCUGAGUUCGAUCCAAGUUUAAAGACACCUAUUGCUCCAAAGCGACCAGAACCUUCAAUCGUUCGUUCUCAAGACGCACACGCUAAUGAACCACCAUUAUUCCCACCAAUUCCAACACAACAAUCUCAACCACGUCAAGCUGUUGACCAAAAGAAUAUUGUUGAUCCAAAUUCUUUCAGUCAAGAAGAACGUGAGCAAUUACUGAAAUUCCAAAUCAUAUAUCCAUGUUACUUUGAUAUUAAUCGAUCUCACAAACAAGGUAGACGAGUCAGUAUUGAUCGUGCUGUGGAAAAUCCGCUUGCAAAGACUAUAUCUGAUGCAUGUCGUUCUUUGAAUUUACCUGUUCUUUUGGAAUUGGAAAAAUCUCAUCCUCAAGAUUUUGGUAACCCAGGGAGAGUAAGGGUAUUGUUAAAAGAUGUGUUACAUGGAGGCAAAAUUGUUGAUUCUAGAUUUAAAACUAAACGAGAAUUGUUCAACAAGAUUGCUGACUAUUUGGCCGAGCAUCCUACCACUUUAGACAGUGUUAUCAGUGGUGGAAUUGCCCUUCCGCAAGAAUUCCAAACCGGUGGAUUCAAGCCAGAGGAAAUACCAGUAGUCAAGGGCUUCAAGAUGAACACUAUUGUUCCUGUGCAUUCCAGCUAUACUUUGAAACAUCCAAUGACCAAAGCCAUAUACGAUGCUGAACCUGAUGUUCCUGCUGCUCCUAAGCCAAUUGCUCCAAAACAACCAAAGAAAAAGGUUAUGAAGAUAAGGGGAUAA